AAUACCAGAAUCUAAAUGGCGGAUAUAUGGGAAAAGGAAAGACCGCAAAAUAAGGAUACAAUUCUGAAAACGAAAAAAGGAUUUUUACUCAAAACAGAUACCCCAAAAGCAAAAAUUGAAGAAACGCUCAAGAAAAUGAAAAACAGUAAGAAAAUUAACGAAUAUUCCACCGCUACACCCUACAUCCAAAGGAACAAGGAAAGAUCCCUUCCACUUCCAAAUUACUCCUGUGUAAUUGCGAGAGUUGAAAAAGAAAUCAAUGAUGAAGAAUUAAACAACCACUUGAAAAAAGCAAACUACGAGUUCAGAUAUUCCAAGCGAAUCAUUUCCAAGCAAACUAACACACCAACAUCCUUAAUACGAAUUAUCACCGGAAACAUUAACACUUACGAGAAAAUUCUAUCUGAGGGUGUUUUCUACAAAAGCAGACAUUAUCCAGCAUACCCAAGCAAUGCUCCAGAUCCAGCACCGCUCCCUUGCAGCAAAUGCUUGCAGUACACACACUGCACCAAAGAUUGCACCGAACCCACCAAAUGUUUGAAAUGCAAUGAGGAACAUUCUACAAAUAAGUGCAAAUCAAAUCUCCCCCCAAAAUGCAACGGCUGUGGCUCAACAGAUCAUCAGGCCUGGUCUUUCAAGUGCCCUAAGCGCCCCACUCAACCCAUUGAAGGCAUUCCCAAUCUACCAGUAAAAACACUAAACAAAAGAAGCAACCAAAUCGACCCAAAAAUCUGUAAAAACUCAAGAAUUCACGCUCCAGUUACCAUCCACGAUACAAUUGUCAACACUUAUAUUUCAAAAUUGAACAACCCUAAAAACUCGAAUAGAGAAAAUCUAAUUGAAAAAUUGAAGAAAAAAUUCAUCUCUGAGUAUAAUAUUGACACAGCCCUCAUCUUCGUUGGAAACAACUGGGUCUACAUACUUAUGUUUGAUUCAGACCUCGACGAGCCUAAUUCCCCGACUGAGACAGUCCAUCAAAAUAUGAGCCGGAACGUUCGAUUGUGAAGUGGAUUUCAUCUAUUGCAAUGUAAAUAGCUACCUACCCAAAAAAUACCUCAUCAAUAAUACUAUUGAAAAAUACAACAUCAAGUCGGCACUGUUUGUUGAAACUAAAACUAAACCUCAACAUGAAAUAAGUUACAGGAACUGGGACAUUAUAA